CUGCUGCUUUGGUCAAAAACUCGUGAUGUUCGUGUAUCGAUAAUGGAAGUGGAAAUGGUGGCUGUGCAAGUGCUUGUGGACUUCGCGAAUUUGUGUUGAUACCGCUUUAUUUAGUUUAGAUUUCCCCCUGCCGAUUCCGUUUUCUCAUAGUUGUACUUCGUGUGUGUGACUGCCACUUCAAUUUUGGGCUCUCCACCGUAAAUAGACCAGCGAAGGCGUCAAAUUCUUGCACCCUUGUGGACGGACCUUUUUUGCUGUUUGUGAGGUUUGCUCAAAAUGGAUAUCCCUUUGCCAGAAGAACCGGGUGGCCUACCAACUGAUAUACCAAUGCCGAACGAAAUCCCCAUGCCUGAAGAUUCUCAAGACACAAAUCAGUUCACGCCCAUGGAAAGUGAUUGUAAUACCAUCCCGAUGCCCAACUUCGGAGCUGAUGAAACAGACGAAGAAUCCCGGCCGUUCCCUGAACGUGAGAACGAGUAUGCUGAAGACACGCAGUCCAGUCUGCCACAUUAUGAGGCACGGUCUGCGCCAGUCUCUUCGAGUGACGACAACACGCGGGAUUCGGAGCGGUCUCCUUGGACUGCCAGAGAGGAGCGCAAUCGGCAUUCAUCGGACGAUUCAUCCAGCUCCUCUGAGGCAAAUUUGUAUAAUCAAGACAGCCAGCAACCUCCGUCACCUGACCCUCCUUUACGGGAUGAGUCGUCUAGCUCUUCCGAAGCAAAUUUUCAGGGUGAACCCAUUCAGCGCAGACCAUCUGUGGAUGAAGAUAUGUCCCAACCGAUCAAUCUGGACUCAUAUCCUAAAUUAGAGCCUCCUCCCUUGCCGCCAAGUAGCGCUUUUAAUUUUGAUUUAGAAUUUCCAAGUAAUCCUGAAAAAAUUAAAAAACUGGAACCACCACCCCUACCUCCAGAUGUCCCUUUGCUAGAUGGGGGCUCAAUACUGAAUGAGCUAUCAUUUAUUCCAAUGCCAGAAGAAGUUCCGAUGCCAGAAGAGGUUCCAAUGCCCAAAGAACAACGGAGGACUCAGCCCCAACUUGAUUUUAUUCCACCGUUGCCGAACGAGCCGAGGGAUGAAUCUGCCUCCAAUAACCACGAACCUGAUAACAACAGGUACUCUCCAAGUCUCCCAAUGGAGGAUGAAGAAGAAGAAUCUGGUACUCAGCUGGAAGAAGUAAUAGCACCCCCGCUGCCUCCUGCUCAGCCACAACCUGUCAAGACUAUUUCCAUGUCGAGUAAUGCACAAGUCAAAUUACCUGCACUGGGCAAAGCUCAGGCCAAAAAGCGACUGCUUGCUUUCUCAAUGGCCAAGCAAAACAGCGCCAGUGUCUCAUUUUCCAUCUCCAAAAAACCUGCAUUGAGCAAGAGCUUUGAUUCACCCGGAGUCACAGCUGCGUCUGCCGAUUCAACCACCCUUGAUAAAGCUGAUCCUUUUGGUGAAACGGAGGAGAAAAAGAAGAAGAAAAAGACGGCAAAAAUUGAAAGAGCACGAGAAACUGUGAUGGAAAUUGAAGAAAUAAAGAGGGCUGAGCGCUUGUUCACAGACAGCCACAACAACUACCCUUUGAUGAAUCCGGGUGCGGUAGACUCUAUAGCAGGUGAAAUGUUGAAGAAAUCCAAACUUGAUGCGAUGGUCGAUAAAAUGGUAAAGGACGAUGAGAAAGACAGGGGCAAAGAUGACCGUAAACGUCGAGACGAAAAAGGGCGCGACAAAGAAGACAGGAGCCGAGACAAGAGGAAACACAAGAGCGGUAAAAGGAGGUCCAGGUCUCCAAGAAGAUCCAAAUCGCCGAAGCGAUCGCGGUCCCCCAAAGUAAACCCUUUGGAACUGAAAUCCUGGGAGGACUUCAAAUCUUCCGGGUUCGAACUUGCGGGCGGUUACCGGCGGUAUAAACUGCGCGCUAUGGAAGAACUCGAAAAACAGAAAACUAAGAAGCGUGACAAACAUCGAUCUUCAAGACGACAUUCCAGGUCUCGCUCUCGAUCCCCCAGCCCGAACAAGCCUGUGGCGGAGGAAGUAGAGAAAGCAGUAAGUCAGCGGAUUAAUUUGCUGGAGACUCCGAUGCACAUGAAAAUGCCCGUCAUUGUGACCAACUCAAAGGAGGAAGUGAUCGAGUAUCCCGGAUUCUUUGUCAAGCACACAAGAUGUAAACCGCAAUUAUGCUAUGCUGAAAAUAAGAAAUAUCUAUCAGAACACUAUCAGACACGACAAGAACUCUUUGCCUCAUUGCCACCUGAUAUCAAGAUCAUUGUACAGAAGUUUUUGAACAGUAUUCGUGGUCUGAGGUUGAAAGAUCCAAGCAAGAAAGAAGGAAGCAGGAUGAAGGAACAGAGCUGGUAUGAGAAAGAAUACCUCACGGAAUCAAGUCACCUUGCCUCAGAAGAUGAUGAAAUAAUUCUUGAAGAAUUUGCUGAUCCUGUUCUUAUGAGCCCAGCAAACGCAACUAAUGAACUUGUCGACAAAUCUGAGGACCAGCCGCGAAAACCAAGAGUUUCUCGCUUCUCAGACAAUGUUGAAGCUGCAAACAGCACAUCAAUCAUCCCUCGCUCCAAGUGGGACAGUGAUCACGAAUAUAGUCCUGAGAGAAACGAUGAAAGCAAACCAUUAUUCCCGAUUCAAACAGACUUAGAGCCCAGCCAAAUUUUCAAGAGUGAAACUCCUGCUGAUAAAAGCAAACCAGAACAGAACAGCCUUUUGGCUGAUGAGAGCAAGUUUGGCUCAAUUGAAGAAAGCGCUGUAUACUCCAAAGGAAAAGAGGAAGCGCACCAAAAAAGCUUGAAGUUGAGUGAAGAAAAUGGAAGGCAUUCAGUCGAAAGAAUUAAAAGUCGCCGUGAAAGUUCAAAACAUAAGGAAGGACUUCCAAAGUUGUCUGAGGAGAAAGGAAAAACAGUCAAAGAAAGUUCCAAGUAUAGAGAAGAAGGGGUAAGGGCAAGUCCUAGGCCAUCGGAAGAACGAAGGAAAGAUCGUAGAGAAAGCCUAAAAGUCGAAGAAGAAAGUUACAAAUCAAGCCCUGUGCAUUCGGUAGAAAGAGAAAAAGAUCGCAAAGAAAGUUCUAAAUUAAGAGAAGUCAGCCGCAAAGAAAGCCCCAAGCAAUCGGAGGAAAGGAUAAGAGAUCGCAGCAAAAGCUAUGAUGAUAGCCCUAAACUGUCGGAAGAACGUGGAAGAAGUCGUAGAGAAACCCCUAGGUCUUCUGUAGAACAGAGGAGAAACCGUAGAGAAAGUAAUCAUGAAAGCAAUAAAGUUGCAGAAGAAAAGGGGAAAAGUGUCAAAGAUAGCUCAAGUCGACAAGAAGAAAGUGAAAAACGCAGAGAAAGCUCAAAACAUAAGAUCGAAGGUGAGAAGCCGGGAGACAAUUCCAAAAAAGACAACAAGAAAGAACCAGGCUCCUCUUCUGAUCUCGAUGUCUCAAAAAGUGAUCAUAAUGAUGUCAGUGAUGCGAUACAUAAUGAUGACAUAGAUGAGGAUUUCAAAGAAAACGAACGGUAUGUAGACCAUUUCAAAACUGAAAAUAGAAGCAACUCUUCAUACAACAAAUCCAAUCAUCAAGAAGCGAUAGAUUAUAAAACUCACAGUGAAAACAGUAAUAGCAUGAAAAAGUCCAACAGCUCGAAAAGCAAUAAGGAUAAUCGAGAAGAAAUCAGUAAAAUAAACUUGGAGUAUGAAGAGUUUCUUAAAAUGGUCUCAGUACCGGAGCCAGAGAACAAAACAGAAAAUGUCGAUGAAAUCGAAUCGUCUUCGAAAUUACAAAGUUUAACUGCAGAAACUCUAAAACUAGAUGUCAACAUAAAUCCCUUAAAGGCGUUGAAAGAUGAAGACCUAAUCGCAUUAACCAAUGCCAUGGCGAAAGAAGUAAAGAAAUCGGCGAAAGAACAAACUAAAAAGAAAAGAAAGCGAGAUUCAUCCACUUCGUCUUCCUCGUCCUCUAGUUCCUCAUCCUCUUCGUCAUCCAAGUCCUCAGGUUCAUCCUCUGACUCUGAUGACAAGCCAAAGAAAAAGAAGAAACGCAAAUCUGAACCACCAACUGAAUCCAGCAGUAAAAAGAAAAAGUCCAGCAAAGGAUCAAGCAAAAGCAAAAAAGCUGCCUCUAAGAAGAAAUCAAAGUCAAAGAAAAAGAGAGCUAGAUCUUCCUCGUCUUCAUCGAGUGACAACUCUUCGGACAGCGAUAGUGGUAGCUCAUCAGCUUCAAGUUCAGACUCUGACUCUAGUAGCAGUAGUAGCAGUAGCUCCUCUGCAAAAUCCAAGCGAAAAACACUUAAGAAACUUAAGCAAUUAAGCCAAAAAAUGGCAAAGAGAAUCAAUAACGGCAAAGAUAAAGAUUCAGAAAAAGGCUCUGCAAAAAAAUCCAGUAAAAAGUCAAAGAAAUUGGAAAAAGAUAAAGCUGGGCUCAAGAAGUUGAUAAAGAAAAUCAAGAAGCUUGAAAAAGAAGAAAGUAAAAGGAAAAGGAAGUCGACCACCUCUAGUUCGGAAAUAGAUGAAAGUAAGCACAAGUCAAAAAAAAGCAAAGGAAAUAAAGGAUCCCCUGAAGAAGUGAAAAGUCGAAAGACAACCGGAAGUUGGAGUGACUCGGAUAAUGAAAAUGCUAAGCCGUCAAAAAACGGGGUCAGCGGGAAAACAGGCGGCGUUAACGAUGAAAGCAAAAGCUCUGAGAAGUCUUUUUUUCGGGAGGAUUUUCACCUUGGGAAAGUCAAAGAUAAGUACGACAAAAAACUGAAAGAUAAAGUGAAAAAGACAGGGAAAAAGAAAAAGUCCAAAAUGAAAAAAGAUGAAAGCAAAAGUCCGAAGAAAAAACUCACAGGGUCAGCAUCGAAGAAAAAGAAGAAAAAACGGCCCGUUGACAAAGGCGGAGGAGCCAAGAUCAGCAAGAAGAAAAAGAAAAAGGGUGAUAAAGGAGUGGUAGUCUCAAUUGAAGAGUUAGAAGCUGCGUUAAAAAUAGAAAAAUCCCCAUUGACCGAAAAUGAAACCUUUAUUCAACCUCUAGAUAUAAAUAUUAAAGUAGAAAAAAUAACUCCUGAGAGGUCAACGCAACGCUCACCAACGCCUGAAAUGUCUGUCCAAAACUCACCAUCCCCCAAGAAAACUGCGCAAGAUUCGUCGGAGGAUGAAAAUGAGUCAUCUGAUUCUGUUAGGUGUUCAGAUAUAGAGAUACCCUCACCUGUGUGCGAGCCGGAUGAUGAUUCAAAUUUUGAAUUGACGAAAAAUACCGAAACUUGGCAGUCGCCUCUAAAAAGUGACAACUUAGAAAACAAUACUGUUGAGAAUAUGAGUAUUAGUGAAGACUCGAAUAGCUCCCUAAAAAAUUCAAUCGAAACUUAUCAACCCACAGAUCAAGUUUCUAAUUUUGAGGAAUCAAAUUCAGCCAAAAAUGAAGUAAUAGGUUUUAAGCAUGUAUCCGUAAGUGAUAAAUAUAGCCCAUUUGGAAGUGGUAAUUCCGAAUCAAACAGUUCGAAUGUGAUAGCUACAUCUUACAACAAUUCAAGCUCAUCGGCCUCCCAGAAAAUGGGUCCUGCUGGUGCUUUAGAUAUUCCUUUACCACCGCAAGAAAGCAAAGAAUACGAUCCUGUCUCUGUGAACUCAAUGAAUACCUCUCAAAAUGUAUCGUCUAUUCCUGUUCCUGUUCCUGCACCUGUACCUCCGCCAGAUCCAAACUUACUCUCUGGAGCAAAAAUUAAUACUACUUCUCCUACGUUGUCGUUUGCCCAGAAAUUUUUGACAAAAACAUCCGUCACUCCUGAAAAAGAGCCAGCAAAAUCACCAACCAAGACUCCGAUAGAAAAGACUGAUUUCGUUUCUAAACCCGCAACUCUGGAUGAUGCGAUUGAUCAUCAUGAGUCCAACGCGAAUUUAGAAGCUCCCAACCAAGACUAUGUGGCACCUUCGUCUACCAAUAGUGCUUCUGUCAAAGUUUGGAAUUUUACUAGUGAAAACGUCGAAGUCAAAAAGAAUGAAAGUUUAAAGCCCAAGCGAUCCCGCUGGGGAGAGUUACCAAAAGACAUGAUUUCAGAAAGUGCUCCGGAUUCGAACGCAGAACCUCAACCAGAAACAAUAACUCCAUCUGUAAUAGAGAAAACUAUCCCUCCAGAGUCUGAUUCUAAAACUAGGAAAUCUGUGUCUCCAGAAAGGUCGCGUGAUCAUGAUCGGAGCCGAAGAAAUUCCUCUCGGAAGCGAUCACGCUCAAAGUCUAGAGAACGAUCAAGGCGUCAUCGCAGUAAUAGGAGCAAAGAUAGGUACCAUUCGAGCUCCAAGCGACGAAAAUCAAGGUCUCCAUCUACCGAGGGCUACAGUGAAAGAGACCGCAGUCGAAAGCGAAGAUCCCCUUCAAGGUCUCGUUCCAAAUCACCGAUCAAAUCCAGGUUUAGAAAUCUGUCUCCGGUUGAUUAUAAAUCCAAAGACAUUGUACAGAAAUCUCACAGGGAGUCUGAGCAACUUCAUGGUAGAGUAAUACGUAAUUUAGAAGAUAGCUUUGAGAAGCGGGACAUGGAUUUGAGCUCGCCAAAUGAAAUCUCAUCACCACUUAUGGGAUUCAAGCGAAGCCUAGCUGAUUCCACAAUCAGCGAUUCUGAGUUAGUGAUGGAAAAAAAGCAUAUUGUUCGUGAAAGGUCUCCAGAGUUUUCACCGAAACGAUUGUCUCUUGAUGAAAGACUGGAAUUGGAGUUAGGUGUCAAGAAGAGUCCUCCACAAUCGUAUCCACCGCCUCACCAACAACAACAUUCAUAUUACAGCAUUCCGGUCCAUGAGGGUUAUGCAUUUCCUCCUCGUAUGGAUCCUAAUAUGGGCAUGUAUCCUAAUCACCAUAAUCAAAUGUCUUCAAAUCUUGUGGCAGUCCCUUAUGCUGACUGGGAUAAUCCAGAAGCAUUUAUCGGUCAGCAAUCAUCUGGUGUAAGCAACAUGACGCAAGUCGUACAGGUGGGUAAUAUGCUACAAGUUGUGCCAUCUGAAGUACCUCCGAAAGUGCCUCCUCCACCUUCUACCUCCAGGAAAUCCUCCCAUAAAACUCCGAAGCAGGAAUCAGUGUGUGGCACUAAAGUAGUUCAGGUGGGCAAUAUGCUUCAAGUAGUUCCUGCAAUGAGUAUGCCAGGUAUGCCUCCACCACCGCCACCAGCAGAGCAAACGAUUCCUGUUGCAUCAGAUGCUUCGGCUCCACCACCACCUGCUCCUGUGACGGCUAUUCCGUUGUCCAAGGUUGAACUGCCUUUGCCAGUCACAGGUCAUAAAAUCAAAGACUUGCCCAUGCCUCCAGAAAUCUCGCCAGCUGAAAAGAGAGAGCUGAAGAAGCUCGAAAGGGAAAAGAGACGCCUGGCGAAAGAAAAACGAAGGCAGCAGAAGAUGCGAAGGGCCGCCAAGAAGAUGAUUAGGAAAGCAUUGCUUCAGAAGGAAGGACUGCCACCAUCAGACUUUGAAGAAGAAGAAAUGCGUUUGAUACAGGAUGCAAUGGAUGAGCAUGAACUAUCUAGUCUUGACAAUGAACUGCCAACAUUUCCAACAGUGCACAUCCUUGAAUCUCCGGAAAACCCGUUACCUUGUCCUCCUGAUAAAGGAAUCUUGGUUUCACCAGGGUUUAGGAAGACCAGUGUUGAUGCUAAGGAAGCAAAAUCACUCAAUGUAUCGUUUGCUGAUGGAGUUAAACCAGGAGAAGGCUCUUCUCCCUCUGGUGCCGAAGAUCACCCACCUUCUCCUCCUCCUACCCUUUCAGGUAAGGAGAAGAAUAAAAAGCAGAAAACCAAUCAAAAGAAGAAAAAGCAGAAGGUGAAAGUUCGGAUCAUUCGAGUGAACGAAAAGGCUAAGAAUUCGAAGUCACCAAACUCCGAAGGGGCAGAACGGAAUGAAGAUAAUGAUGCAGAGGAUGAAAAUGAUAUAUCGCCUCCACCCCCUCCUCCAGGAACUCCACCUCCGUCUGCGCUGUUCCCGCCACCGCCCAUUCCAAACCACUACCCUCCAAGUUUUAUCUUCUCUCAGACGCAUCAGCAAUUUGCCAACACACUGGCAAACGUUGACUUCACAGCUGUAAUGCACUCCUUGCAGUUCAUCAAACCCAUUCAGUCUGCCACGAAGUAGGAGCAUUUCAUCGAAGACACUCAAUUCAACUUUAGCCGACUUAGAGACGGCUCUUGUUCCUGGAAAGACUCAUCGCGAGCCUUCCAACAGUCAGUCGGGUCGGAGUGAUAUUGCAUGCCCUAUGCAUGUAAAGUAGUAAGCAUGGUAAAGUAAAGCAGGCUGAAAAUCUUUCCAUGUUGGAAAUUCGUAUCUUUUACCGGAAGUGUUGACUUCAGUACCUUGAGACUUGGACAGUUUCUAAAAUUUGUCCGGAGGUUCUGAACCUAACCUACUCUUUACCUCAAAGAGUAACUUAAGUCUCUAUGUAGGACGCUUGAUCGUCGAGUUUUAAACAUACUUAAACUGGUUCUUUACGCCAACAAGUCAUUAUAUGCAGAUCUUUUAUUUUACAAAUAGAUUUAUUUUGCAGUGGAUGACUAUCAAAUAUCCUGAGUGUGCGGCAUCCCACAUACCUUUUUGAAUACAUUUCUUCUUUUAAAUUUUUAUCCUGUGAUUUCUAUAAAGUUUUCGUCAUUUUAAGUUUUACGUUCGGAGGUCAAGCUCAGUGAACCCCUUGCCUUGUUUUCAUUUUCCUUUUUUUAAGAAUCGAUAUUGGUGGUUUGUAGUUUGUAUUUCUAAACCUGCACCACAGAGUUCUUACCAUGUUCAAAAUAGAACUGUCUGAUACAUUGGUGCUGUUUUACUGGAUAGACAGAAGCUCAAUUUAUGGCUCAGAAUAAAAAUAUAAGUAUGUCUUUGUAAAAGUGAUCUAUUGUGGGGCGAGGGUAAAAAUAUGGGGGAAAUGGGAAACAGGGAGGGUUAAAAAUUGGUCUAGAAGGCAAAAUGUUGGUGUCAUAAAAUUGUGCUCUUGCGUUUAUACCUUUGGUAGAGAUCAGCAAAUAAUCAUGAAGCCUGUUCAGCUGCCAAGUUUCCACUUCUAAUACUAACGUAGCUAAUUCCCAUUUUGGAACGCAACUGCCCAUUGAGUUUUUUCAAAGGAUGAUACAUCCGUUAAUAUUGGAUGCAAGUAACCUUCAUUUGACAGACUUUUUCAUUUUCUUACCAAUAAAAUUUAUUCCGUUUAAUACAAUUUGUGGAAUCAGUAAUCGACAGGUAGGGUUGUGCAAAUUUCAGAACGCACGAUAAUGUUGUAUGCGUUACCUCUUCUUUUUGAACUUGGCUCUAAAGUCUGAUGAGAACGCCGGAAAAUUUAGAUGCUUAACACUUGAGUAGCCAAAUGUCAAUUAGAAGAUCUUUUAAAUGGUUCAAAAUGAUAGUGCGUUUCCACUUUUCAACAGAACAUUGCUUCUCAUUACAUAUGCAGUCAUUACUUCACUGCAGCUCGAGACAACAGCUACCCUGCAGAACAGUGCCAGAUAUAUUUUAUUAAUUAUUUUUUGAACUUCGAAGUCAUCCAUCAAUUUGAGACUAAUAUGUCGAAUCAUUAAGAAGUUCUUUCGUUUAUUCAGCUAAAGGACAAUUUUCAAGCUUCAAAAGAAUUCAUCCAGCUAUUUGCAUUUGAAAUAGCUGUAUAUUAAAGAACUACAUGUAUAUUUUUUUUUUGUCUUUUGUUUGUUUAUAUUUUAUUUUAGUUAUAUGUCCAAUGUACAUAGUUUCAAAUCCUUGUUAGCAUCAUGCUGAAAGCGAACUUCUGUUCCUCUCUUUUUCUUUUUCGAUCGUUGUCUGAAUAAUGGAAUGUUUUUCCAUCUGAAAAUUGGCUCCGAAAUCUCUUUUGCUAACGAAUGAAAAUGUCAGUGGAACGCAUGUAAUUCGGAAGUAAUCUCCUACCUAAGAGAAUGUACUUAUUUUUUCACCUUUCUUUCUGCUUCAGGUGAAUCCUUAGUAAACCAUACCAUAGUCGAAUGGAAGAUGUUGCAUUUUAAGGAGUAGAAUGGAGCAAUGAACAUUACAUUCAAAUAUUUUUUGCUUUAAAUUUGAAGUUUUUCAAUCCAGUGUCUCAAGGCAAAUGAUCCUCUAGUUAUUAUGGAUAUGUUUUUUCUGAAAGUUUCAAGGGAAGUCUGAUAAGCCAAAAGUUGACUAACAACAGGAAAUCUUGAGCAAUGGAUCGGUUGCACCAGGUACAGAAUCACUGUUGACGCUUUAAGCAUAUUGACUAGCAAAGAAUAAUAUGGUAUGUCCUAAUACCUUGUCUUUUCAUCCAAUAUUGAUGAUGAUAUUGCCCUUCAAUUAAACUCAGUAUAUUAUGUCAUCCACUACAGUAGUACAUGUACAUACUGUGGUCUUUCCCACCUUGAUUUCAUCAAUUAGUGAUACAGACUCUUGCUUUGGUUGUUGCCCUUGAAAUACGCCUGAAACCAAAGUGGAAGAAACCAUAGUAUGCACCAUUUACGCGGAUGACAUCAUAUGCCGUAUUUCAUGAAAAGCGAUACAUUUGUCAAUAUUGGAUAGGGAAACUGGGUGUUCGGCCUGAUCCAUUAUUUUUUGCUGAUCUUUAAAAUCAUCAAUAUAUGAUUCAGUAUCUAGGGCAACUGAGCCAUUCUGAAGGCCAAAUUUUGAGUCAAAGGAAGUAAUUUGAAGGUAGUAUGCACUGUCACUCAUAGAAUGAUUUCCCUUCAGCAUGUAAUUAUUGAUCAAUAUUUUAAGUCUGAAAGAAAUGAAUUAGUAAAGAUUCAAGGUGUCUUUGUAAUUCAAGGAUUAGCAUACAUGUGACUAUUCAUAAUAUUUUGUGCACAACUGUGACUAGAUAGUAUUUGUCGAUCAGAAAUCUCAUGCUUUCGACUCACCCUGUAAUUAUUUCGUUUUUCUCAAAAUGAAAUAAAAAGAAGCACGAGCAAAUAUUGGAGCCCCCUUUUAAGGAGGUUGAUUUGAGACUUUUACUUAUUUUUUGAAUACUUGGGUCAGUUUCUGUUAUUUUCUCAUAUUUUUGUAUGAUAGGAUGCUACGCUAACUAUUUUUAUGUCAUGAUGUAAGGAACUAAAUUGUUUUAAGUCACAAAUAACUUUGCAAGAAACUUUGUAAAUAAGGUCUUACUUAUGUCUGGAAAGAGAGUAAAGUAAGGUAAUCACAUGUAAUAACAUCAGCCUCUUCACUGUCGUUGGUUUGUUACUCUGUAAAGUAAAAUAAGUUUAUACUUA